UCUCCUUCCACUCUGUCUUUCUAGUAGACGUGGAAUUACAAAAAGGAAAAAAAGUAACCAUUAGUUAAAAACCAUUCGUUACCCAUCUGAAUAAUAAUCGUAAAUAAAGACAUGACAUGCCAUAAAGUGUAUUUGAGUCACAUGUAAGUGGAAAUAAAUUGUGAAUUUGGAUAUUCUUCAUCGGAAGCUUUACAGAGAGAAGUGAAGAUCUCCCCGUGUGGAUGUGUAUUUGGCAACAGUGACUGUCUGGUUUUGGAAUAUAUCCUCAGCCCUGACGGGGGUGCCAUGGCCCCUUUCGGUGGGAGACUGUCCAAUGCCGGGGGUUCUCCAGGGAAGGGUCUGUUCUAGGGACCUCUGGGUGUUUGGCAGAAGGCAAUCCUGGUUUUUUGAGGACUGAAAGUGAUUGCCUAGCAAUGCAGGUCUCAGCUUUGUUUCUUCUGCUGCUCUGCUGUGGCACUAUACAGCAGCUUACCUUAGUGUUGGGUGAUCCUACAGCUGCUAAACUGCACUGUCAAGCCGACAACUCCACCACCCUGCGGGAUCCAGAUACACAGGGUGAUUCCUGUGAACUUACUGAAGAGGCUCUGGAAAUACCUUGGAAUAGAGUAUCACCCAUACAAAGUGAUUCUUCAGGGCAAAAGAUAGUACAGCUUGGUCAAAGACACAGGCCAGCAAAGCUAGAUUUAACAGCAAAGGCCAACAACCAAAGAAAAGAGGGACCAUAUCAUUCAUCUCCCAAGAAACAAAUCAUAACGAGUAAAAAGUCAGCACCAGCCAAGAUCAAGUCUGGACAGGAACCCAGACCAAAGAAGAUCACUGCAACAGCACAUUUAGAUAAGCCAAUGGCACCAAACAAGAGAAGAGGGAAGAAUGACACAUCUCUGUCAGCAGAGGAUACAGUGCUGCCAGGGGAUAAAAUAAACAACAAUAAAGGAAAUGGUCUGGAAAAGGCUGGAGUACAUGAUGCUUCCAUGGUGAUAGGAUUCACAGAGACAGCAAAGACGGACACACUUUCAGAACCAAUAGCUCUGCUUGAAUCUUCAUCGCCUGCGAUAACAGAUGAUGAAGGUGGCCGAGAAGAGCUCACAAGCUUAACAUCGUCUUCAAAAUGGAGUCAUCUCUUCUUCCCAAACACAACACAUGAGGCAACGUCAGGGAAUGUGAUAAAAGGCACUGCUUCAAUAGGUGUAACAGUGGACAGCCUACGUCUAAAUGCUACAGGAAAAGCCGUUAAUUUUACAGGAAAUACUGAACAGUCAGGGAGCGUCACAGAAGUGACACUGACAAUAACAGGCAGGCCUCCUGAGCCAAGACAUCUCAGAAAAUCUGUGGACCCAAAGAUAAACCAUAUGGAAAUUAUGAUUAAGCAGACAGCUCCUCCAACCUCUUCUGUCUCUUCCACAGAGAACAGCACUGCAGUGACAACGUUGGAGUCAGAACUGUCAGGGGGACAAAUUAAGUUGGAAAUUCAGUCUGGGCUAAUGGACUCUAAAAUGAUGAAUAACUCACAGUUUGCUGCUCUGCCGGGUGACAUCACGGACAAUCUCACAGGGCCAGAUGUGUCACGUGGAAAGCCUGAGAAAAUGGAUUUAACUAUGCAGAGACCAGCUCGUCAAAACCAGUCUGCUACGUCAGAAAAAUGGACAGCCAAAAGUCCUUUGGACCGGGAACUAAUUGGAAAUACAACCAUUAAUAAUUUGAGAGUGAAUGAAGAAAUGGAAACUGCUGCACCUCUAGUACUGCCAGGGAUGCAGAAAACAUUGCUUGUAAAUCCAGCAAUUCAUAGACCACCAACAAACAUUUCAAAGUUGACAGAUAAGGACAAAGCGACUACAACCAAAGCAAGAGGGACAGAUGCAGGGGACAGCAAAAUGACACACCAAGGCAAACCAGAAGUAACCACGACUGAGAUCCUGGAAGGCAAACUUCAACCAACGCCCGCCCACAGGGGCAGAGGUCCAGCCAACACGGAGAGCCCAAGAGGCCCACGGGGUCAUAGGGGCCCUCCUGGAUUGCUUGGGCCACCUGGGCCAAAAGGAGAUAAAGGUUAUGCUGGGCCCACAGGGCGCACGGGGCCACCAGGGUACCCCGGUGCCUAUGGUCCACCUGGUAUGCCUGCCAUUGUGGUGUGGAAAACAUCUGAGGAGGAAUGGGUGAAGUUCAAGAAAAAGAAAAUAUACAAAAAGCUUAUUUCCACUUGGCCGAGACGGAAGGGGCCACAAGGACCAUAUGGACUCCAAGGUGAUCCAGGGCCAUCCGGGCCCCCAGGGAUACCUGGGAAGAUUGGGAGGAAGGGAGAACGAGGGAGAAUCGGUGACCCAGGGCCCCCGGGGUUGCCGGGUCCCCCAGGUAGACCGGGACAAGAUGGUUACCCUGGAGGUGACGCAUCCAGCGGUGCACCAGGACCACCUGGGGAGCAGGGCCCUCAGGGCUACAAGGGAGAGAUGGGCAACAAAGGGGAGCUGGGUGAGUGGGGUUAUCAAGGGGAAAUAGGCCCUCAGGGAGCCAGGGGCCCAAAGGGUGACAAGGGAAAUAAAGGUGUCAGGGGACCGAUUGGGAUUACAGGGUACAUUGGAGUGCCGGGAGCAAGAGGACCACAGGGAUUUGUGGGGCCAACUGGACCCCCUGGGGACAUUGGAGCACCUGGGUUCUCAGGACUACCAGGGCCCAAUGGAAUCGUGGGUCCAAAAGGAAUGAAAGGGGUCCCAGGAGUUAACGGGCCACCCGGCCAGCCAGGAUCUAUUGGCCUGAGGGGGCCCCUUGGCCAACAUGGGGAGCCUGGCCCUGAUGGCAUCAUUGGGUUUCCUGGAGUCCGUGGGCCACAGGGAAAACCAGGCAGGGACGGACCUCCAGGUCCCAAAGGGGAUCCAGGGCAGCUGGGUAUCGAGGGUGAGAUAGGUGAGCCGGGACUCUCUGGACCAAACGGAGCCAAUGGAAAUCCAGGAAAAACUGGACCCUCAGGUGAUCCAGGGCCCAAUGCUGAAAGGGGUGAUAAGGGUGAACCUGGGCUCAAUGGAGACCAGGGACCCCCUGGUCCUCGAGGAAGUAAGGGAUUCAAAGGCAGAGGGGGGCCAUCGGGCCUUCAGGGUGAAGGAGGACCGAGAGGCCCUCCAGGAUCUCAAGGCCCCACAGGUCAUGAUGGGAUAAUGGGAGAGAUGGGCAAACAAGGGAAAGAAGGGCUAAAGGGUGCCAGAGGCCCCCCUGGUGCACAAGGACCUAUUGGGCCAAGAGGAAUGAAGGGUCAUGCUGGUCGUGGAGGAUUUGUUGGUUUGCCAGGCCCUAUGGGAGGGAUGGGGAAAUUGGGAGAGCAAGGACCUGAAGGAGAACCUGGGUAGGCCAGGAAUUGCAGGGGUAACUGGACCUCAAGGUCUUAAGG